AUGGCUCCACAAUGGCCCCCAAUCAGCAACACUCUGACAUAUAUGCAACAAUUGAUGGACAUUAUGCAGUGCAUGCUAUCAGGUACAAAUCCAGAUAUCACAUUAAAAGAAUUUAAAUUAACUAGUAUUGACGGUUUCUUAACACCAAAAACAGGAUUUACAGAUUGCGUUAUCUGCAACGACAAAUUAGAAUUCAUUCACUGCUAUGCUGGUUUACCAGGGUCAGUGCAUGACACGCGUGUUUUCAGAUACUCAGGUGUACAGCAGAGAUGUACUGAUGAAUAUUUUCCAAAUAAUACUCACCUGUUAGGUGACUCUGCUUACACUUUGCAAAAUCACGUAAUAGUGCCAUACAGAGAUAAUGGGCACUUAACUGUAGAGGAAGUUCACUUUAAUCAUGUCUUAUCUAGUACUCGAAUGAUGGUUGAGAUGUCCAUUGGUCUUUUGAAAGUUCGAUGGAGGUAUUUCUUGGAUAAAUUGCCUAUGAGGCGAACAGAUCUAAUACCUUACUACAUAGUGUGUGCUUGCGUGCUGCAUAAUAUAUGCUUGAAAGUAGAAGAUACGUUUGAAUAUCCAGUGAUAAUACCUGAUACAAUAGAUGUGAAUCCAGAGCCAAUGGAUGUUAAUAUAGCAGAGCAUCAAGAUGCUAUCGCCAAGAGGGAAAACUUAACAAAUAUUGUAAAUGCAGACAUAUUAUGA